CGGACAUUUUUCAAUUAACCUUACCUGUUGCAAUUGCUUUUUGUAAAUGUUCGUUCCCUACAGAAUCCAAAUUACUGACUCUUAUGGUUUUCAUAUCUGAGAGUUUUUUACAUUGCUUAUGGCCUAAUAACAUUCUCAAUGUGUAACGGGAGCACAUUGUAUUUAAAUAAUUUGGAAUAAUUUUCGAUGAAAUGAAGUUGAGUUGCACAUAUUCUUCCGAAAAUACUAUUGUUCUGCCACUCUUUUAAUUCUAAGGUAUGAUUUUAAACUCAAAACGAUGCUUUAAAGACUGAAAACCUUAGCUCUGUAUUAAUUAUUCAGCAUGGCCGUAGUCCUUCAGUCCUUACUACACAAAUCUGAAUCUGAAAUCUGCAUGCUUCCAUAUAUGGUCAGUGACACUUUGAAGAAGUCAACCGAAAGUGUCGGCAAUGCUAAGUAAACCUUAAUUAUUUAGCCCACUAAUUUCUGGAACUCGCCUUGAUCUUUUCAAUGAAUCAUUUUUGAAGCUACUUACUUUCAUGUGUUACUAUUGAGCUUUCAGAAAAAGGAAUAAGAUAUCAAUGAACUUAUGUUAAUCCUUACAAAUCGUGGUACUGUGCAUACCCAACCACGCUCUAAACGUGACAACAUAAGGGUUGUUAUUGCGUGUUCUAGUAGACAAUUCAAGCUAUUCACUAUUCUGUGAGAUUAUAAAAAAUCUAGACGUAAAAGAUUCGAUAUUGGUUUUUAAACUUCCCCAGAAUGUUUUCGCAGAUGAUCAGUCCUGAAUGGGAGGAAGAUUUAGGACACGUUAAUACUCAGAUCAUUGUUCAGUAUACGAUCUAGUUCAACAUUAUUUCUCCAGAAAAAUGCCAAGACCAGCUUCAGCUCAAUCUGAACAAGAAGACAAUACUGAUUUACUAUUAAUUGAAGAAUAUGAACGAUUAAAUAAUCAAUUAAGAAUAUUACAAAAUGAACGUCAAAAACAAACUGAAGAAUUUACUGUUAAACUAGGAAAAUAUAAAAAAGCUACAGAAAUAUUAGAAAAAGAAAAUGAAGAAAUUAAAUGUUUGUUAACAUUAGUAGAUAGCGAACAAAAUAGAAAACAAGAUAUGAAAUGUAUUGAACAAUUAAAACAAAUUUUAAAAGAGCAAGAUAAUAUACAAUUACAAAUUGAUGAAUUAAAAACUUAUGGAAAACGUUUAGAUAAUGAGACACGUAAAAUAGAAAAUCUUAUCCAAGAAAAACAACAAAUUCGUAUGAUACAAACUAAAAAAGAAACUGAGACCAAUGAAUUAAAAUUACAAAUUGAAAAAAAAUUAGUUACUAUGGAAAAUAAUUUACAUGAAAAAAAUAUGAAAUUUUGUGAUACAUUAGCAUAUAAUAAUAAAAUACGCCAUGAAAUAGAAUGUGCUAGAAAUGAACGAAAUAUUUAUUAUGCAAUACAUCAAAAAUUAAAAGAUAAAUUAAUACAUUUAAAUAAAUUAAAAAUUAAAUUAAUUCAACAAGCAAGUCUUACAUAUGAUCAAAGAGCGGAUGCCAAAAAUAAAAGUAAUGCAUUAAAAGAAAAAAAUGAUAAAGAUAAUAUUGGAUUUGAAACUGAAAUGAAAGAUCUACAAAGAAUUAUUGAUCAUAAUGAUCAAUUAAAAAAAUUUAUGACAAUUAAAUCAGAUGAACGUUUAGAUUGGAAACAGAAAGCAGAAAAUCGUCGACGUAAAUAUGGUGCUACUGGUGAAAUAGCACAACAACAAAGAAGUUUAAAAAUUCAAGAAUAUGAAUCAGCAAUGAAUCGUUUACAAUUAAUCACUGGAAAAUGUGAUGUUGAACAAAUGACUAGAUAUUAUAAACGUAAUGAAGAUGAUAACUUUACAAUGUUUAAAUAUGUGACUGAAUUAAAUAAUCAGAUUGAAUGCUUAAAUGAUAAUAUCAUAAAUAUAGAGAAAACAAUUAAUGAAUACGAUGAAGAACAAAAAGUGUUUGAAAGACAAAGAGUUAAUAAAAUGACUGAAUUACAGGCACAAAUCAAGUCCGAUAAAGAAGCAGCUAAUACAGCUGAAAAUCGUACAAUACAUAUACAUAAAUUAUUAGAUCAAAUUAAAACAGAAAUAAAACAGUUAACUAUAAAACUUGGUUGUGAUUUAUCUAGAAUAACCGAAAUGCUUGGCGGUGAUGGUGAUCAAAUAACUGAAAGAAAUUUAAUGCUUUAUCUUAACGUAUUAGAACAAAGAGUAGAUGAAUUAUUAUCAGUUAAAUGUUAUUCACAAACUAAAGGACAUAGUGAUGAGAUGAUUCAAGAAAACCCGAAGAUAACUUUGGCAACAAAUUUCAUGGAAACCGUAAGAACAAACAGAGAUACAUCACUUGUGUUACCAUCUUUACAAGAUGAAGAUGAUACAAAUGAUGAUGAAAAUACACCAACAUCAAUUCGUCCAUUAUCACAAGCUGAAAUAAUUGGUCGAGUUACACGUCAAUUACAAAAAUUGGAAGCGAAACACCAUCCAUCUAUGAAUACAAAUAAAACUUACAGUCGUGUGUCAUCACCUAAUAGGCGACUAAAAAUUCGUAUGUAAAUGAAAACGAAUUUUUCUUUAAAUAAUAAUAAUCAUAGAGUAUCGACUACAACUUUACUUUUUGAAAAAAUGUAAUGAUACCAUCCCAUUUUAAAGUAGGGAAAAAGUAUGCAUUGACUUACAUAUUUGAAAUACACACUGCAUGAUUGAUCUUAUAAUCAUGAUUAAUUUAAUUGUUAUAGAUAAAAAU